AUGCGAGAGUUAUUGGGCAACUCCGAUACAGAAGGAUUGCUGGCCAUUGAGCACCGUCAGGGGAAAUCUCUACGGGCUCUGAAAACGACGAGUGACGAUGAAGACGAUGCCGCAUUUAAGACAUGCAUGAGCGGAGGAACGGAGGAUGCCUUUGGAUCUCAGACCAGCAGUCGCCGGAAGAUAUUCAAGAGGUUUAACCUGGACGCUUUCUACAAUGGUGCGCAGUUUCGUGCGGGGGGUGAAACCACAGACCGUACGGGUGGGGGGAGUGAACGAAGAAAGAAUGUGCGUGGACUUCUCAAUAUAAUCUACGGCGAGCAAGAAAUGGGUGCCUUACAGCAAAGGCAUAGACGUCCAAUGGAUGGUGACAUUGACUCCGCCACGAAAAAUACAGUGGAUGCUGCAGCACCCGUUGUUGCCGUUUUUCCAGGAACACCUCUUAAGAAACGCAAAGAGAAACACGAGGCAGGGGAGUGGGUAUCUGCGCGUCACACGGCUUUGGAGGAAUUGCGGCUGGAGUUGGACAAGCGACUGCGCACGGAUGCGCACUUCCGACCCGAGCUGCGAGAGGUUGCGAAGGAGAAAGAGGAACACAUAGAACAAGCAAAAGAAGAAGAAGAAGGUCAUCAGCGGAAAGUGAGUGUGAUGACUAGAGAGCGGCGACGCUCCAGUGAUUCUAUUGAUCCAUCCCGAGGUCUAGAGAUGAGUCCUGCAGUCAUGUCGGACCGUGCUGAACCCAGGAGGAUGAAUGAACCAGCCAUAGAUCUUUCUGAUAUUCAUGACAUCCCCGACGAGCGAUCGAUGGAGGUGAUGCGGCGGGCGGAAGAACGAUCAAUAGAGAGAAAACAGAGAGCGGAGACGGAAUUUCGGAAUAGGGAGCUCUU